CUCUCUCGCGAGAUGUCCCCCUGCUCCCCUCCCACGAGAUUUUCCGUUCCGCGCGCGCCUUAGGGGGCUCUCGCGAGAGUCUCGCGCCGAGCGCCGGCGGGGCGGAUAAGAUGGCGGCGACGAGCACCAUGUCUCUGGGCACAGAGUCCAUUAAGAUGGAGAAUGGCCAGAGCACAGCAUCGAAGUUGGGACUUCCGCCCCUCACACCAGAGCAGCAGGAAGCUCUGCAGAAGGCAAAGAAGUAUGCGAUGGAGCAGAGCAUCAAGAGUGUGCUGGUGAAGCAAACCAUCGCCCACCAGCAGCAGCAGCUCACCAACCUUCAGAUGGCAGCAGUGACAAUGGGCUUUGGAGAUCCUCUCUCACCUUUACAAUCGAUGGCAGCUCAGAGGCAGCGUGCUCUGGCCAUCAUGUGUCGUGUGUACGUGGGCUCCAUAUACUACGAGCUGGGAGAGGACACCAUUCGCCAGGCCUUUGCCCCCUUUGGACCCAUAAAAAGCAUUGAUAUGUCUUGGGACUCGGUGACCAUGAAGCACAAGGGUUUUGCUUUUGUGGAAUACGAGGUUCCUGAAGCUGCUCAGCUGGCCUUGGAGCAGAUGAAUUCUGUCAUGCUGGGGGGAAGAAACAUCAAGGUUGGGAGGCCCAGUAACAUCGGGCAGGCUCAGCCCAUCAUAGACCAGCUGGCGGAGGAGGCUCGAGCCUUCAACCGCAUCUACGUGGCGUCGGUACACCAGGACCUGUCUGAUGAUGACAUCAAGAGCGUGUUCGAGGCCUUCGGGAAGAUCAAAUCCUGCACAUUGGCGCGAGACCCCACCACUGGGAAGCACAAAGGCUACGGAUUCAUUGAGUACGAGAAGGCUCAGUCCUCUCAGGAUGCCGUGUCCUCUAUGAACCUCUUCGACCUGGGCGGGCAGUAUCUGCGCGUGGGCAAGGCCGUGACGCCCCCGAUGCCUCUGCUGACCCCUGCCACACCGGGAGGGCUCCCCCCGGCCGCCGCCGUAGCCGCUGCUGCCGCCACAGCCAAGAUCACAGCCCAGGAAGCAGUGGCAGGAGCAGCGGUUCUGGGCACUUUGGCCACACCGGGGCUGGUGUCUCCAGCCCUGACCCUGGCCCAGCCCUUGGGGGCUUUGCCGCAGGCUGUGAUGGCAGCACAAGCACCCGGAGUCAUUACAGGUGUCACCCCUGCCCGGCCUCCCAUUCCCGUCACCAUUCCACAAGUGGGAGUUGUGAAUCCUAUCCUGGCAAGUCCCCCGGCGCUGGGUCUCAUGGAGGUCAAAAAGGAGAAGGAGGAGGAGGAGGUGUUCCAGGAGUCGGAGCGGCCGGAGAUGCUGAGUGAGCAGGAGCACAUGAGCAUCUCGGGCAGCAGCGCCCGCCACAUGGUGAUGCAGAAGCUGCUCCGGAAGCAGGAGUCCACUGUGAUGGUGCUUCGCAACAUGGUGGAUCCAAAGGACAUCGAUGAUGACCUGGAAGGAGAAGUGACCGAAGAAUGUGGCAAAUUUGGAGCUGUGAACCGGGUCAUCAUCUACCAGGAGAAACAAGGAGAGGAGGAGGACGCCGAGAUCAUUGUCAAGAUCUUUGUGGAGUUCUCCAUGGCCUCAGAGACUCACAAAGCUAUCCAGGCACUGAACGGGCGCUGGUUUGCAGGGAGGAAGGUGGUGGCAGAGGUGUACGACCAAGAGAGGUUCGAUAACAGCGACCUCUCAGCAUGAACUCUACUGAAGGACUUUUCCCCCAGCCCCUACUCUCACCCCAGGGGGGGUUUAGCCUCAUGUGAAGAGGGCUCUGGGGUGGGCCCUGAUCCCUGGGAUGUAGUUUGGAUAAACACACAGAGAAAGCCA